AGAGCAUCUCUCUAUGUAUGAUGACUAACAAUUUACAGGACAUUUAUUGUUUGUGAGAUUAAAUGUCGUCAAAUGAAGAUGGAGAUGCGUUCAAGAAGAAGUAUGCUGAGAUUGCUGCUUUGAAAAAGGCACUUGAAGAAAAGAAACAGGCUGAAAAGCAAGCUAGAGGAAGUAGAACAAGAUAUAUCAAUAAUUAUGUACCAGUCCGAUCAGCGCCAAUUCAAAAGAAAUGGCAAAAUAAACAGGCUAAAUCAAUGAGAAGUUCAUUUUCAAAUGUUACUGCAGUUUUUACUAAAGAUGAUAAAAAUACUGUAUCCAAUGAUGUUUCUCAGGGAUAUGUAAGUAAAACAUCAAAAGGUAGUAUGUCCCUUGUAAAUACUGCUGUAUAUCAAAGACAACAACAACAAUAUCAUAAAAUUCUACAAGAGAAGGAAGAAUUAAAGAAGUUAAAGGAGUCACAGAGGAGUCAACAACUUCUACAGAAAAAUGUUUCUAGAAAUAAAGUACGAGCUGAUAAUUGUGAUAGGAUUAAAAUAGAGGGUGUACCAUAUGCCGUAACUAAAAUGGGGAAUAGGUUAUUACCUCUUGGAAUACCGAAUUCUGAAUUUAUGUUAAAGAAACAAAUAGUUUGGGCUAAUAAAGUAUAUUCAAUUAAGAAUGGAGCGAGUUUAAAAUGUGUUAGUGGGAAAACUAGAAAAUCACCUACAGAGUUAUGUAGAUACUUUUCAAGAACAGGAAUUUGUCAGAAAGGUUCAAAAUGUAAAUAUAGUCAUGACAGAUCUAAAAUCAGAAUAUGUAAUCAAUUCAUGGUAGAAAAUUGUUGGAAUAAGAAUUGCUUAUUAUCUCAUAAUAGUACAGAAUUUAAUACUCCAUUAUGUAAGUAUUUUUUAGAAAACAAAUGUUUCAAUCCUAAUUGUAAAUUUCAACAUAUAAAACCACCAAGAUAUGAUGAACCUCAUACUGAAAUAUGGAUAUGUCGACCAUUUGCAAUUGGAGGUUGGUGUGUUCGAGGUAAUAAAUGCCCAUUUUUACAUUUGUUUAAUUGUCCUGAUUUUGAAGAGCAAGGAUUUUGUUUAAGAAACAAAUCUUGUGAUUUAGCUCAUCCAGUAACGAAAAGAAUUCAGAGAUUAAUGUCAAAUUCAGAGAGUUUUGAUAAUGACAAUUCAGUAGAAGUUGGACCCGAUGAUACAGAAGAAAAUGAAGAAGAAGAAAUUAUUAGUAGUUACACAGUUGAUCCUGAACUUUUAUUAUCAUAUUCAAGUUUAAACGGUAAGUACGAUAUAUAUAUUGAUAAACAAGGAGCUCCAACAGCAACUCCAAAUCAGCAAUUUAUGAUCAUAUUAAGUGAUUCUGAAUCUGAUUCGUCUGAGGACGAAGACCUGGGAGAUAUAGAAGAAAAUUCGGAUUUUGUACAUAUAUAGGUUGUAAUAUACAUUCCUAUAAUGAUAUCUUAUUGUUUAACCUUUUGUAAAUCGCGCUAAAAAAUGUUGCAAAUUUGACAACCGUUUUUACGACCAAAUUACAAAUAGUCAAUAGCAUUCAAUAACAGGC